CUCUCUCUCUCUCUCUCUCUCUCUCUCUCUCCCUCUGUGCUUUGAAUGGAGGAAACCAGGAGAUUGCAGCUAGCGUCAGCUUCAAAACCCUGUACGCCGGCUCACUUGAUGCAUAAGAAUCGAUUACAAGAAUAUGCUCAAAGAUUGGCUCUUCAAUUCCCAAUUUACCAUUCAAUUAAUGAAGGAUUUCCACAUGCGCCGAAAUUUCGUGCAUCCGUUGUAGUUGAUGGAGAAGAAUAUGAGUCAACUCAGACAUUUCCACAUCAAAAAGAUGCUGAGCAGGAUGUUGCAAAAAUUGCUUUAGAGAGUAUAUUUAAAAGGAUAAAGAAUGAGGCGUAUUCUUUUAUCUAUGAGGAUACGUUAUUUUGCAAGUCUAUCUUGACCGAAUUUGCAGUCAAGAUGAAUUUAGAAAUGCCAAAGUAUAAUACUCAAUCAGUAGAAAGACUGUCAGCCUUCGUCUCUUCUCUCAUUUUCAACGGGAAAUGUUACACAGGGGAAGCUCGAAAAAACAAGAAAGAGGCUGAACAGAUGGUGGCACGUACUGCUAUUCUAUCCUUUCUAGGUAAUUCUCAUACGGACACUCUUCUAUCACAAAUGAUAAAAUCAAAGAUUAAACUUUACCAUGGUAAAAAUGUGAAGUUUGUGGGAAACUUGGAUAGCAGUCCUGGGAACCCAUCAGGGAAAAGAAAAGGAACUGACAUUGCCUUGGCAUCUGAUAAGGCACCAUAUUUUCAAGUUAAGAAAUCAAAGCAGGAGCUAUUUAGUGAAGUGGGUUUUGGAAGUAGUGGGAGAAAAUGGCAAGGAAAAAACUGGAAGUGCUAAUCAAAGAAAAAUCAACACUAACGAAAAAUAGGCAAUGCUGACUGUCCGCCUUCUUUUGACACUGCACAGGACUGCCAGCUAGUAGUAUGCAUGUGUUACAUGCUCCUUUCCUUUUUGUUGUGGUAGCUGUUGUAUAUAGGGGAAAAAAACACGAAAGUAUUUGAAAACCCUCCUCUGUGAGAGGGUUGGGUUCGAUGCUGACUACGUUGUUGCCACAGAUGAGCGGCAGAUAUGCCCUCCAUGUUCUCUUGCUAAUCACAGGUUGCUUUGUGGCCAA